AUACUGGCUCCGCCCGCCUCUCCAGUUCUUACACACUCUCUGAGUGCACGUCGCUAUUCCCGGAAGCGUGUGGGGCGGGCGCCUCUGCUCUGAUCGCCAUUCUUGCACUGUGGAACGGACAAGGUGAGGCACGGACCCCUAGUUCAUCCAAGGUUUAACGAUCAUGGCAGAGCAGGAGCCCACUGCAGAGGAGCUGGAGGCUAUCGGGGCGGAGAACGAGAGCCAGGAGAAGUUGGACUACAAGGCCCCGGCCCAGAAGUCCCUGAAGGAGAUCCAGGAGCUGGACCAGCACGACGAGAGCCUGAAGAAGUACAAGGAGGCCCUGCUGGGGAGCACCGCCAUCAAUGAGGACCCCAACAUCCCGAAUGUCCAGGUCACGCGGCUGACCCUGUUGUGUGACGCAGCGCCCGGACCUCUCACCCUGGACCUGCAGGGAGACUUGGAAAAAUUCAAGAAGGAAUCGUUUGUGCUGCAGGAAGGGGUGGAAUACAGAAUCAAGAUCAGCUUCAAGGUGAACAAGGAGAUCGUCUCGGGGCUGAAGUACGUACAACAGACCUUCAGGAAAAAAGUCAAGGUUGACAAGUCGGACUACAUGGUGGGCAGCUACGGGCCCCGGGAGACCGAGUACGAGUUCCUGACCCCGCUGGAGGAGGCCCCCAAGGGCAUGAUCGCGCGCGGCACCUACAACAUCAAGUCCAAGUUCACCGACGACGACAAGUGCGACCACCUGUCCUGGGACUGGAACAUCAACAUCAAGAAGGAGUGGAAAGACUGAACUGUCCUCACGAGCCCCCGUUCCCCCACCAUCCCCCCUGUCCUCUACUCCACCCCCCCCCCCAUCAGCCCUCUCUCUACCCCCCUCCCCCUGUCUUUCACCUCCCUCCCUCCAUCCUUCCCUUCUCAUG